CGCUGGCCCACCAACCUACAGGCACCUGGGCCCGCGACCUCCGAAUCAGCACCGUGGACAGUGCACUGGGCCCCCUCUAGCCGCUGCCAGCCCACCUGCUCCCGGAGUCAGCACCGCGGACAGCCCCCCGCCACCCGCCUCGCCACAGGCUCGGAGGGAUCAGUGUCCCUGGAACAUGGCCACUGAGGUCCAUAAUCUGCAGGAACUGCGGCGAAGUGCCUCGUUGGCAACCAAGGUCUUUAUCCAGAGAGACUACAGUGAUGGGACCAUCUGUCAGUUCCAGACCAAAUUUCCCCCAGAGCUGGACAGCCGGAUUGAGCGGCAGCUCUUCGAGGAGACCGUGAAGACCCUUAACAGCUUCUACGCAGAGGCUGAGAAGAUUGGGGGGAGCUCCUACCUCGAGGGCUGCCUGGCAUGUGCCACGGCCUACUUCAUCUUCCUCUGCAUGGAGACCCACUACGAGAAGGUUCUCAAGAAGAUCUCCCGCUACAUCCAGGAGCAGAAUGAGAAGAUCUUCGCCCCUCGAGGCCUCCUGCUCACGGACCCCGUGGAGCGUGGGAUGAGGGUUAUCGAGAUCUCCAUCUACGAGGACCGGUGCAGCAGCGGCAGCUCCAGCAGCGGCAGCAGCUCGGGCAGCGGCAGCAGCGGCGGGGGCGGCGGGGCGGGGGCCCGGUGA